CCGAAGCUUUCCUCUGCAUUCCGUCGUCCCUCUCUUUUGUCUCUUUCUCCGACCCUAGCUCUCUCUCUUCUCUUCCGUUUAUCACCAUCGCCGUUAGCCCGUUACCAUUCUCUCUCUCUCUUCUCCGUUCUCCGUUAACUUAUUCACGAUCUACUAAGGUUUUUAAUUUUUGUUUGUUAUUAUUAUAGGAUGCGGAUUUCUGUGAUGAAGCCCGUUCGCCACCAACAGGUUCUUCUUCCUGGACUCUUGAAGCGUGCGCUCAACUGCAUAGCUGCAAAUCAAGAUUGUGAAGUUGAUCCAAAAGGAGACAUGACUAAAAUUGAUCUCAAGGACCAAGGCACCAAUGCUGUUGAGACUGGUCGCAGCAGCAAAGUAGUAUCUACAGUCCCACUUCAUCGCAGUAUCUUCUCUCCUAAUGGAAACAAAGCAAUGAUGAGUUCAAAAGCCGAAGCUCGGGAUCAAAUGCCAUUAGUUAUACAGGGUAUUAGGUUCAAAGUUAAUUACAAUUAG